AUGCAAAAUUACCGGGAACGUAUGACGCGUCGUGUCGUUGACGGUGUCGAUGGGCCUCAGCUUGGACGCAAAAAGCGGUGGCGUGAGGCUGAUGAAAGUUGUCUCAGAAGUCCUUUCCCCGUCCACCCACUUGGGUACGGCAAGCCUCGUGUAAAUCUCCUCACCGUGUGCGGCAUAUGCUCGCUUAUAAAUGUCUGCUACAAAGCGACUGACAUUCUCGAUUCCAUCCACCUCGUGUGA